CUAGACGCUUGUCUUCUCUUAACACCCAAACUCUUCAGUGAAACCUCCCUUGUAACAAGUAAACACAAAGAGAAUCAAAACAAAGACUCUUUCAAGUCCAAGGUGCAUUCGAAGAAGACCCUCUUUGCAAAAGUCCAAUUUUGGAGUCUUACUAGUUACAAUAUAGCUUACACACACACACUUCACUAUACCUGCGUUUAAAUAAUAGAGAGGCAAAGAAAGAAGAGAAACAGAGGAGCAAUAUCAAGAGUGUGUGGGUGUGGAUAUGGGUAGACCACCUUGUUGCGAGAAGAUAGAGGUGAAGAAAGGACCAUGGACUCCUGAAGAAGACAUAAUCUUGGUCUCUUAUAUCCAACAACAUGGCCCUGGAAACUGGAGAUCUGUUCCCAAAAACACAGGUUUGCUAAGGUGCAGCAAGAGUUGUAGACUUAGAUGGACUAAUUACCUUCGUCCCGGGAUCAAACGAGGAAAUUUCACUCAGCAUGAAGAGAAAACGAUCAUCCAUCUCCAAGCUCUUUUGGGUAACAGAUGGGCAGCCAUAGCAUCAUAUCUACCUCAGAGAACCGACAAUGAUAUAAAGAACUAUUGGAACACUCAUCUGAAAAAGAAACUCCAACUGCAACGUCAAAAUGGUAUCACCAACGAAGGCAACACCGAUAUGACGGAGAUUUCAUCUUGUAAUAAAAACAACAAGAACGUAUGUACCAACAACAAAAGGAUCGCCAACAAAGGACAAUGGGAGAAAACACUUCAAACAGACAUCAACAUGGCCAAACAAGCCUUACUCCAAGCCUUAUCACUUGACCAACCAACUUCAUCGAUAUCUCCUGAUCUUUACUCGGCAAAACCUCAUCAGCAUCAUUCUACCAUAACUACUUAUGCCUCAAGCACAGAUAACAUCUCUAAGCUAUUACAGAACUGGACAAGCUCAUCUUCUUCAUCAGUGCCUAACACUUCAUCAUUCUCCAACAACCGGAGCUCAAGCACUGGUGAAGGAGGCGUUCUUGAUCAACAAUCUUUGUUCUCACCGAACUCAGAAUCUGGAUCAGUUGAUGAGAAGUUAAAUUUGAUGACAGAGACAAGUGUUUCUAAAGGUGAGAGCAAACCAAACGUUUGCACGGAAGCAACUACUAAUGAUCAUGGUUCGUUGUCUUUGAUCGAGAAAUGGUUAUUUGAUGAUCAAGGCUUGGUCCAGAGUGAUGAAGAUCAAGAAGAUCUUAUAUAUUGAUGUGUCUUUAGAGGGUGGUAACAACCGUCAAGAUUUGUUCGAAGAGAAAAUAUGGAGCAACACUAUAGGACUACCAAGUGUAGCUAGUCUAGUGGUCGUCAUGUCAUCCAUAAUGAGGUUGCUCUUUGCACCCUAGUUCGAACCUUAAUCGGAGGAGAUGUAUUUAUCAUAAAAUGGUCACGGCCGAGAAAAGCUACGGGUCAAAAGAUUCCAAAAAAGUUCGUGAGAGACAACAAAAAGUAUAUAUGUUUACUUUCUUUUAAUUAUUCUCCUUUAUGAACUUUAGUUAGGUUUUAUUUUACUGUCUGCCUUGCUUGUUGUCAAGUCUAUCGAUGAAAAUAAAACUGUCAACUGUGUGUAAUUUACUAUGUGAAGUUAGAAACAGUGCAAUAAACUGA